AUGGCAAACAUUGCGCAGGAACCGCAGGUGACUGCAGCUGUUCCCUCCCCCUCCAUCUUGAGAACGUGUCGUUGGGGGUGGCUACAGCGGUCCUCCAUCAUAAAAAGCGUGAAGACAGGACAAAUAACUCCCCCCACAAAAAAACCCCUAGGUCUCCCCCAACAAACAUUUGAGACUAGCUCCCCUAAAUCUAAAAGAUGGAUCAAACUGUGCGCGCCGCUGCCCUACAAGUUCUGAUAAGGUCCUCCCACAGCUAAUCACCUGCCUCAACAGAAACCCUGCCCCCUCUGACCUUUGCACAGGGAGAGCAGCUAAUCAGCCACAAAGAAACACACACGCACACAAGAAAACCCUUUUUGCUCCUUCUUCAACUGCUGCCCUGCAAGCUCUGCAAGGAGAUGGUCAGAGUUUGGAGCCCAGCCAGGGCUGGCUGUGGGCAAAAUAUUUUCUGUUGUGAAUUACUGGUUGGUAACUUCCUCUGUUUUUAUUUUCCUUUCUGUCUCACAGGUUCUCAGGCAGGAAGGCAGAAGCAGAAACAAAUAUCCCUGGACAUUGUGGUAUGUUAAUUCCUUGGGGAAUUCGUUUCCCACAUAUUUAUUUAUUUAUAUUUCUAUACCGCUUUAUAUUUUUAAUAAAAAUCUCAAAGCGGUUUACAGCAUAAUAAAUCAAUAAAACAAUAAAACACUAGCUGGGCGACAUUCCUCCGGCCUCAGGAGGAGCCUCUUCAGUAGGGCUGGCUGGUGGGUCUGGGCCUCGCCCCCCCCAGGCCAGGUGGAAAGGGCCUUGCAGGGAGCGGCCUUCACCCUCCCACCUGCCCCCUAGGUCCCUCUGCUGGCUGGCCGCCCCCUGAUGUGGCUGGGGGGAGAGAAAACCUGAAAGGCAAUCUGCCCCAGAAGAAAAUCUUUGGGGAGGGCCCACGGGACCCCUGUCCCCUAGAGUGGAUGCCUAUGGCAGGAGAGUAAAAUGUCCUUCUUCCUUUGCAGGGCCGUGGUUUGGAAGCGCCGGUCAGGGCUCCGGCCAAGCAGCAGCCCAGCGGUGCCACGCCCAAAACCAACAUCUGCAGGUAUGCUGUGCCCUUCUGUGGCAGGGGUGGGGCAGUCUGAGGAUGGCACGGCCGGUGCGCUCACACUGGGCUAUUGCCUCAUAAGAAAAGGUUUUUAAUAGAGGGUUUAAUAGAAUGGGUGGAGGGUUGGAGGAGAGGCAGAAAGAAGAGCUCAUAUGUCCGCGGCUAGGGGGCACGAUCUGGACGGUUCUCCAGGGGCACAAGAUCACCCAGCUACGGCUCUGCCUACAGGGUGCCCUUGACAUUUCAGAGCCCAAAGUUGGCCCUUGGUUGGGCACAGUUCCAGAUUAAAACCUGUGGAGGUCCCCAGGCAGUCAAAAUAUUGCUGGGCUCCUCGCAAAUCAUAUCCUGAUACAUUUUUGAUUUUACCAACCAACAAUAAUUAAUAGGCAAAACAAACAGUACUUAUUCUGAUCCGUUGUUGCCUGGCCCAUAGGCCUACUCUGUCCAUUGAAUAAUCUGGCUCUGGUGGAGAUCAAUCCCAGAAUUCACCCUGUCUCCCCCAAUCAUACUAACUGAGCUUGUUUAUUCCUUAGACAAGAGGCCGGCCAGAGCAAAGGGGGAAAGGCUCCCACCUCAGGUAAGUGGAAAUGCCAACUGAGUGCCCCAUAUUUUAGGAAUGCUUCCUUCCCUUGUCCCCCACCCUUAUGCCCCAGACUGGGGCUAGCAUGGCAGGGAGCCAGGCGCCUGCUCAUGUUUCUUUUUUCUUUGCAGUGUGGGAGCCUUUCCCCAACACGUAUUUUGUUCUAGCCAAAUCCCUGGAGAGACGUGGCGAACGUCAGGUACGAGGGCAGAGGGAAUGAAGGGAUCUUUGUGGAACAUGUUUUGGGAGUCCUAGAAACACUCUCCCCACCUGUGGCUUCCAUUCUUAUGUGAUGUCCUUCUUCCUCCACAGGGCCACGCCUCCAGGGAUGAGGCUCCAGCGCCAGCUCCCGGGAUGAAGAACCGAACAACAUCCAGGCGGUUCCCGGCUAACGUCCCUCGCGGCGCGUUCCCACUGCCCCUCCUCCGUACGGGCAUGGCUCCAUCCCGGCCCGGUUUGGCACAGAAGCAGCAGCCAAAGUUUCCUCCCAUUAAAACAGCUUCUCAGGUGAGGGAGGAGACUUUGGCUGUUGCUUCUGUGCUAGGCCGGUCGGACGCCCGUACGGUGGAGAAGUGGGGAGCCCUGAUAAGAUCAGGUAAGUGGAAAUGCCCCUUCCCAGGUCCCCCACCCUCCUGCCCCAGACUGGGACUAGCGUGGCUGGGGGCCAGUUGCCUUCUGAUGUCUCUGUUUGUUUUGCAGCGAGGGAGAAGUUCAGCCGUGGAACCGCCGUAUUCCUCCGGGAGGGACUGGAGCCCAGACGACGGCCUCUUGCCCCUGAGGUAAUGGGACAGGGAGGAGGAGGGGGGUCCUAGGACACACACCAGAAGGGCCUGCAGGAUCAGGCCAAGGGGCCAUCUGGUCCAGCCUCCUCUUCUCCCAGGGGCCACCCAGAUGCCACUGCGAAAGCAGCCAACAGGAUUUGAGCGCAAGAAGCAGUGCUUCAAAGAUCCCUUCUUUCUUGCAGGAUCUCCAUCGUGCACCACUGUGGCUGCUGCCCAAGCCUCCUCCAAAAAGACCAGGUAAGAGGAAGGGAACCUUUGCAUGGGGCAGGGAGAAGGCUAGGGGCCUUGCUACAGGGGUUGCUUCACUACAUCUCCCAUUGUCCUUGACGACUGUCCUUUCCCCCCUUCUUUUUUUAUAAAAAAACACAGCUUGAGGCGAAUUCCAGAGCGGAUGGAUCUCAGCUGAAGGACUGUAUUCCAGUGUCUGAUUUGUCAGCUGCUGAAGCAUUUGAAAGCUGUGAUGUGAUGUGAUAAAUAGAGGCUUUACAAAUGUGAAGAGCGAACUUUUCCCUGUUCAUCCUUUGGACACACCGGAUACUUUUGUUGUUGUUGUUGCUAAAUCAAGAUAAAAUGAAUUUUUCUACUCUGAGAAAUAUUCCGGAGCUGCAUUCACCACUGAAGCUGCAGAUGGAAUUCCAAGCAGUGAAGCAGGUCCAGCGUCUUCCUUUCCUUCCUAGUUCUAACUUGUCCCUGGAUAUCUGGAAAGGCAACUGUGACUGCAUUGGUUUUGAGGAUAUUCUGAACGACCCGGCACAGAGUGAAGGAAUGGGAGAUCCUCAUCUUUUGGUUGAACACAAACUUGGUUUCUUAUACUGCGCACAUCCUCCAUCCUUCUGUUCAUGAAAAUAUUUCUUACCUGUGUCCCUGUGGGUUCAAGUAAACCAUAUAAACAGUAGUUGUACAGCAGUUGUUUUGAUACACACCUUCCAGGCAGAGACUGCCCAGCUUAUGUCCCUGACAAUCAACACCUUUUACUCCAACAAGGAAAUCUUUAUGCAGGAGAUCAUUUCCAACGCCUCUGAUGCACUGGACAAGAUCCGCUAUGAGAGUCUGACAGAUCCCUCAAAGCUGGAAAGUGGCAAAGAGCUGAAGAUAGAUAUCAUUCCCAAUCCCCAUGAUCGCACCCUCACCUUGGUGGACACUGGUAUUGGCAUGACAAAGGAAGACCUUAUCAAUCUGGGCACCAUUGCGAAGUCUGGCACCAAAGCCUUCAUGGAAGCCUUGCAGGCUGGUGCAGACAUCUCCAUGAUUGGACAGUUCGGUGUGGGCUUUUACUCUGCUUUCCUUGUGGCUGAGAUGGUUGUAGUUAUCACCAAGCACAACGAUGAUGAACAGUAUGCCUGGGAGUCAUCUGCAGGCGGCUCCUUCACUGUCAAAACUGACCAUGGCGAACCCAUUGGCCGUGGUACCAAAGUGAUCUUGCACCUGAAGGAAGAUCAGACUGAAUACCUGGAGGAACGUCGCAUCAAGGAAGUGGUGAAGAAGCACUCCCAGUUCAUCGGCUACCCUAUCACCCUCUAUCUGGUGAAGGAGUGUGAGAAGGAAAUCAGCGACGAUGAGGCAGAAGAGGAAAAAGUGGAGAAGGAGGAUGAAGAGGCAGCCCCCAAGGAUGAGGAGGAGAAGCCCAAGAUUGAAGAUGUGGGCUCAGAUGAAGAGGAGGAAGGUGGCAAGAGCAAGAAGAAGACCAAGAAGAUCAAGGAAAAGUACAUCGACCAGGAGGAACUGAACAAGACCAAGCCCAUCUGGACCCGAAACCCUGAUGACAUCACUCAGGAGGAGUAUGGCAAGUUCUACAAGAGCUUGACUAAUGAUUGGGAAGACCAUCUGGCUGUUAAGCACUUCUCUGUGGAGGGGCAGUUGGAAUUCCGGGCGCUUCUCUUCAUCCCACGCCGGGCCCCAUUGACCUCUUUGAGAACAAGAAGAAAAAGAACACCAUCAAGCUCUAUGUGA